ACAAUUCCAUGACGAAAACAGAAGCCACAUUCAGUUUACUAGAUGAGGAAGAAGAACGAGAUGAGGUUGGGCCCUCUACCGUACUGGUUCCAGGCCGUCCAUCUCUUCGAUCAAUCUCCCUAUCACAAGCUCCAAGUGCUCCACGAGACUUAGAAAAUGGAAAUGGUCAGACGAGUUGUGCAGAGCUCCACAAGUUGACUGCUGGCUCCACGACAUCCUUGUCCUCACAGUCGAAGAAUGCAAAGAAAGUGAACAAGUUCUAUAAGAAGCAGAAUGAAUUGUUGGAGAAUUUUAAAAAUGAUAGCGAACAGAUUGAGCAAUUCAACCGUACACGGCGGCGGACAACUAGUAAAGAAGAAGAUGAUGACGCUGACGUGAUUGCAGCCAUACCACCACCGAUUCCUGAAGAGAAAGCUGUAGUGGCACCACUGGUAAAGCAUAUUGAUGGAACAGACGAACCGGAAGUAGUGAUAUUCGAUGUGCCACGCAGUCCUAGGAAUCCUAGAAAAAAACCAAUGGAACGCACAGACACCGAAGAAAAAUCAGUUGACGAGAAAAAAGACGACGAAUCAAAUACGGCCGCGAGAAUGGCCAACAUCACAUUAGCAGUGAACUUCCUUCUGAUGAUUGCAAAAGUCGUCGCAUCCGUUCUCUCAGGAUCCAUGUCGAUCAUUUCAUCGAUGGUUGAUUCUGUGGUAGAUAUCACUUCAGGACUUGUCAUUUCACUUUCAGAAAGAAUGAUCAAGAAAAGGGAUCCUUAUCUGUAUCCGAGAGGAAGGACCAGGUUGGAGCCAUUGUCCUUGAUUUUGAUCAGUGUGAUCAUGGGAAUGGCGUCGAUUCAAUUGAUCAUUGCGUCGGUGAGAGGAAUUCAUGAUGGAAUUCAAUUCCAUCUUUAUGGAAUCGGUGAAGAACCCAAGCUCAACGUCACCAUCACCUCUGUAGUCAUCAUGGUGUCAACAGUUCUCGUCAAGCUGUCCCUCUACCUAUUCUGUAAACGAUACAAGGAACCAUCGGUCAACGUGCUCGCAAUGGACCAUCGCAACGAUUGCAUCUCCAACACGGUCGCCCUGAUCUGUGCCUGGCUCGGCACCAAGUACUCGUACUACUUUGACCCAGCCGGUGCUAUUGUGGUUUCUAUGUACAUUUUGUAUACCUGGGUGCAAACUGGACGGGAGCAUUUGGCAAAGCUGUCGGGUAAAACUGCAGAGCCAGAGUUCAUUAAUAGGAUCAUCAAAGUCUGCUUGGAUCAUGAUGCUCGGAUUUCACAUAUUGAUACGGUUUAUGUGUACCAUUUUGGAAGCAAGUUUUUAGUUGAGGUGCACAUUGUGCUCGACGAGAAUAUGAUCCUCAAAGAAUCCCAUGACAUCAGUGAGACCCUCCAAUCAAACAUCGAAAGCUUGCCGGAAGUUGAACGUGCAUUUGUUCAUACAGACUAUGAUUAUGAUCAUCAUCCUCACGACGAGCAUAAAAUUGUUUGAAUUAGUUAUUAUUAGAGCACAUUUGCAUUAUGAUUUUGUUUUUUUCUUCUUCCCAGUGCCCCCCUACUUUAAGUUUUAUUUCAUAUUUUUCCGGUUUCAUGACAGAAAUCAUCAGCAUCUCUCAAUGUUUUUUUUUCGCAUAAUUAACUAUACUUUUUUUUGUUUGAAAUUUUGAAAAUUUUGAUUUGCAAACUAUAAUAUUUUUUCUCACAUAUCGUCGUAGAGUGUCAAAUGUUUCUUUUUUUAUUUCAUUAAUUAAAAUAAAAUAAUAAAUAAACAAAUUAAAU